AUGCAAGCUUGCACAGUCCUCAUUUUUUGUUCAAAUGCCAAACCUGCCCCUCUAACCUUUUUUAACCUAAGUCAGAAUCGAGCAUCAACCAAAGGUGGGGCGGUCCAUAGCUCAGGACGUAGAGCUCAUCAUGAUGUUGUUCUUGAUUUGGAGAAGAAAUUAAAUCGACCACCCAAUUCUGACGAGCUCUUCAUGGUAACUCAUAAAAAUAAGGAUGGGAAAUGGAUUGAUCGAUGUGCCGAGAAAACACAUAUAAGUGGGAUGGUGGAGUACAAUGGUGAAGUUGACAGUCUUGAACAGAGGAACUAUGGCAGUGGAUUGGAGGACUAUGUUGAGCUGCUACAUGUGGUUGGGUUAAAGCUGCGGAGUCAUGGAACAGAGGUGGUGUUCGGAGGAGUAUUGAAGAUGAACGGAUGGGUGAGUUUUGUGAAUGGAGCGGAAGGGAUGGGUACCGCGUGGUGUUCGGCGGAAACAGGGCGGAGGGAGUAUUGA